UAUCUUGACCUGUCCACUAACAAACUGAGCCAGUCAAUUCCAAGUAGUCUAGGGAAUUUUGUCCAAAUGCACCACAUGAAUUUGAGCAACAACAAGUUGAGCCAUGGAACCCCAACUAAGUUGGGUAGGUUAGUGCAGCUGUCAGUGCUUGAUUUGAGUCAUAAUAAUCUUGCUGAAGAGAUACCAACUGAAUUUAGCAAGUUGGGUAGCUUGGUGACACUAAAUCUCUCCCACAAUAACCUCUCUGGUGUUAUUCCAGAGAAUUUUGUGGAACUUCGUGGCUUGGAGUUUGUCGACAUAUCAUACAAUCAAUUAAGGGGUCCUAUUCCACACAACAAAGCAUUUCAAGAGGCUCCCAUAGAAGCAUUGCAAGGGAACAAGGCUUUGUGUGGCAAUGUUACAGGUCUACACCCCUGCAAUAAUAGUCCUGUUGAAAAGAAGCAUAACUCAAAAAUUGGUUUCAAAGUUGUGUACUGCUUGAUCAUGCUUCCUGUAUUGGGAGCAUUUAUGCUUGCUUUCUAUGGAAUUUUUAUCACUUUGCGAAGAAAAAGGGAAAGCCAACAAGAAGAACAAAGUGACAUUCACCCAAAAGAAUUCGAAUUGCGUGCAAUAUCAAUCUUUGAUGGAAAAGUAUUGUAUGAAGAAAUUAUAAGAGCGACUGAGGAUUUUGAUGCUGCAUAUUGCAUUGGGAGGGGGGCAGUUGGAAGCGUUUACAAAGCAAAGCUGCCUUCAGAUGACUUGGUAGCUGUCAAGAAACUCCACAUUCCAUGUGAUGGUGUGUGGAGAAAAGAAUUCUUAAACGAGGUAAGGGCAUUAACUGAGAUACGCCAUCGAAACAUUGUCAAACUUUAUGGUUUCUGUUCACAUGCACGGCACUCGUUUUUGGUUUACGAGUACCUUGAAAGGGGUAGUUUGUUUUCAAUCUUGUGCAAUGAUGAAGAAGCUAGGAAAUUUGAUUGGAUCAAAAGGGUGAACAUCAUUAAAGGUGUGGCUCAUGGUUUAUCCUAUAUGCACCAUGAUGUGUCUCUGCCAAUUGUUCAUCGAGACAUAUCCAGCAAGAACAUUUUGCUAGACACUGAAUAUGAGGCUCACAUUUCAGACUUUGGAACUGCUAAGAUUCUAGAUUAUGAAUCAUCAAACUGGACUGCGGUUGUAGGCACAAUUGGAUACAUAGCACCAGAGCUUGCUUACACAUUGAAGGUGACAGAGAAAUGUGACGUCUAUAGUUUUGGGGUGUUAGCUCUUGAAGUGAUUAAAGGAAAGUACCCUAGCAAUCUAGUGGGGUCUGCGUUGUCAUCUGCAAUCUGGGGAGGCAAAAUGCUGGGGGAUGUGUUGGACGAUCGCCUUGCGCAUCCCACUGGUAAAAUUCUGGAUGAAGUUGUUACCAUCCUAAAGCUAGCAGUUGCAUGCUUACAUGAAAAUCCAGAGUUAAGGCCUACCAUGCAUGACAUUUCUUGUAACAAUACAAAUCUCCCAUACACAGAAAGACAAAUAGAGGGUUAACUUGAGUUUAGUUGAAACAUUUAAAGAGAAGCAUGUUAAAGCCAUUUAUUGUAUCUUAACCAGCUGCCACCAAAUCAUU